UUGUUGUGUGUGUGUGUGUUAAGAAACCCAAUAGAAUAAUUUUAUAAAAGAUAUAAAUUCUACUCGUUAGUUGUUGCUGUUAGAUGUCUUAUAACUUUUGGUGUUUAAUGUUUCAUCAGCUUAAUUAGAAUGUAGGCCUUUAUCCUCAUAAAAAAAUACUGAAAACUGAGGUUAAAUAGUGUUAUUAUAAUGGCUACUAUAUCUGUACAAUCCAAUUUAAGAGAUGAGAUUCUUCCUCUUAAGAACGAUCGACGUGUUAAUGAUUUGCGAGUCAUUGGUCUAGAAGAAAAUAGUGUCCAGCUAUUUACAUGGGUUGGAGUUGAGGACUCAAAUAGUCUUCAGUUCAUUGAGGCUUAUGACAGAUUGAACAAAAAUAUUGAAGUUCUUCACGUUCUGCCCCACAACAGCAGCUGUAGUGUUAUUCAGGCUAGUGUGAACGAAGACAAAACGUUGCUUGCAUAUGUUACGAAAACAACCCAAUCCAACAAGGAUGACCCAGACACUCCGACAUUUGAGUAUGAGGCGUUUCUUCAUAGUAUAGAAGAGGCAAGAGUUUCCACAAAAUCAUUAGGAAUAAAGAAACCCCAGCAAAUAAUGACUCAGUUUUUGAAUAAGAAGAAGCAAAGCAAACAAGAAAAGCUAUUGGUUUUUAUUCAUCAAACUUCUGUAACACUUUACCAAGUGGAAUUGCGAGAUCAUGGUGAAAAUGAAGAGAUUGUGGAUAUAACCUCAACAGAACAAGUACUGAAAUCGUUCACCUGGGCCCAGUGGGACGCUGUCAACCAGUGCCUCUAUUAUAUCCACUACCGCAAGCCACCGCAGGCUGUGGAGGGGGAGGUGGAGGGGGGAAGUCAGACGACACCCAUUCUCUCUACACUGCAGUUUCACCAUGAACUGCCACACGAGACCGUGCUCAAUAUCCCUCUAAAUCUGCCUCAAUUGUCACCUUCGGUGUCUCUACCGUGUGGUGUUUACGAGGACGACCCAGUCCCACUGAGGGUUCACGACUGCUCACUGGACCUUACGAUAGUUGCUGAUCACCGCGGCGUUGUUUGCAUUUGUCAUCACUACCUUUACCAGCCUGUGAAGCCCCCAAUGAGUGACAAGAUGGUGGAUGCCACAGACACUGUACAUCUAGCCUACUCCGUCACUAUGCUGCACCAUGGCCGAGUGGUCCACUGUGUGGUGCCUGGGGUGGCGUGGGCUGACGCUCCGUCUUUACGACCUUCCUUCGUAAUGUAUGGUGACCAGCACAUGCUCGUAAUCUCUCCUGGCUUGUUUAUACACUUGCUGGACAUCGGACCGGAGCACGAGCCGUGUUGUCACAUCGUGUUGGCAAACAACACUGUGACUGAGAGUGUGCGGUUGGUACCACUGUUGGACGGCAGUGAUCAGCUGAUCGACCUCAUGACCUUGGAUGUUGUGCAACUGCAGGUUGAUCCACAACUGAUGGUGGAAGCAUACCUACAGACCGACAUGGUCAAGGAGAACAGGCUGGCUAUACUGCAUUACUUCAUUGUUCACCUCAACGAUAUGGACUUGGUGUCAGAGCUGUUGUCUCCAUUGGCAGAACACUGUAUGGAUUUAAACGUUGCCAAAAUCCUGCAAGAGCUAUUGGUUGGAGGAUCGUACGCUUCAGUGGCCCGCAGUCUGCCUUCAGAUGCUUUGUCUUUGAUUGAUCUUCUCCCAUUGACCACUUGGAACCCAAGUUCUACUGUAGAGGUUAAGUUGUCACCGCAUUUCACACUGUCAUUAAGUCAAGAGUGCCUGUGGAACCCAGCCGUCAUGCUGCUGUCUCCGCAACAACGUCUCGUACCAUACCGAGGAGACAUGUGGACUAGACUAUGGGACUACCUAGCUGCACACGGUGAUCUACAGCGCUUCUGUCCUACCACAGUGGCAGACAAACUGAUGGUGUCUCUCGUCUGUUAUCAGCCGGAAGCAUUGUCGCGAUGCAGCACCCCUCUGUCACCUGGAGGAAUGGUUAGCAGUGUCGGAGUGGCCGGAAUAUCAGACCUGGCGAGUGGACGAGGCAGCAAAACUACGCUAGACCCGCUGCCAUUCUUUGAGGUUGAGCCGUCUGCAGCUAGCAAACAGGAACAUAUAAUUUCUGUUAACCUGCGUGAGGUCAGCAUGCAUCUUUUGAAGCAAAGCCGCAGCCGUGAGAGUCCAAUGCAAGUGCACGCAGUCGCCACACGGUACGCGGCCGCUCAACUGGAACAGUCAAGACAGUUGUGCCAACUUAUCACAAAGGCCGCCAGUGUUGACACUACGACUCAUAGGGGCUUCAUGCUAAUAGACCAGAUGUCAGAGGAUGAGAGAAGGGUGUUCUUCGCUUUGUUGGAACGCUACUGCCUCGCUGUGGAGGGUUUGGCGUUCCCACUUCCCCAGGGCUUCCCUUCAUUCCUGGCAUACCUUGGAUACAGAACACUAUCGUUUUCUACAUUCAUGCAAUACGUUCAGUCAAGCGUUCUACAACUGCAGAUAGACGUCAUGAAAGCCAUUAUGAAUGAUCUACAAGACAGCAAGGAGGGAGUACAGCAGAAGCUGCGUCUGAUCCAGCUGUUGCCAAGGUCGCGAGGUAAGCGGCUGCUGAACCAAUGGCAGCAUCCGGCCAGUCUGAUGGUGCGGGCUCGCCAACACGCCAGCAACAUACUGAGUGGUGUGGAGGGAGCGCAGGCUCGACGACAUCCGCAGAGACAACGGAGCAAUACUGUUGCCACUAGAGGUUUGGCAGCUUUCCCAUCAGAAGACAGACUCUCUCCUCUCGACACAUUCUUUGAUCUUCUGACUGCUAAAGCUAAUUUAGCAGAGCUGGACUUCAAUUUGUUGAUUGCAGCAACGACGGCUUCUACAGAAGAGUUUUUCUACUAGGUAAUGUUUGCAUUGUCACGAAAACCAAAGACUUGUUACGCCUUUAAAAGAUAAAGUAAUCUUCUAUCUUUAUUGAUUAGACCAAGAGUCUUAGGGAAAAGUGUGUCUGUUAAACUUGCAUUUAAGGAAAAGACAUGCCACAUGAAAUCUGUCAGGUUGAAGCAGUGAUAAAACAGGUAAAUUCAUCCAGUUUACUCAAUGGAAUUAUCAAGAUUAUGGUGUACUGACUCGAUUGUUAAAUUAGCACUAUCAUAAUAAUAUUUCUCUAACAAAAUAGUUUUGACACUAAACAUUUUACAAAGGUCUCAAAUAUUAUGAGUGGCAGACAAGACUUUGGAAUUUACUUAACUUUUUUGUUGAUGAAAUUCACAGGAAUGCAAACAAACAUUUCAGCAUUGGCUCAUGCACCAAAAAUUAUCAAAGUAAUGACUGAAAUUUACUGUACUGUAGUGAAAAAUGUAUUAGGCUAUUUAAGAUAAUAACUUUUCCUUAGAAUAUGAACUGAUUUGAGUGCCAAAUGUUGACAUUUGUUAUACAGUAUAAGUUUUUUAUGUGAAGCGUCUAGGAACAGUCCCCCUUUUGACAUUCUAUUGUUUUUUGCUAUGAAGGGAGGAUUUUCUGUCAAAUGACUGAAAAAUAGCAUUUCCAUAAUGUUUUUUUAGCCCAAUUAGAUAGUAUUCAUGCAAUGUAGUAUUUUGAUGGUUACCUUGAUUUGUUACCUAGCUUUUAUGUUAACUAUAGUUGUUGAUCGUUUUAGUUCUAUUCAAGUAUUAUUUGGUUUGGAAUUAGAACUACUAUUUGUUACAUUUUGUUGUAAUUUGUUACAUUUUUAUAUUUUUGUUUUAGAUUAUGCCAUUUAUUUUUUACGUUGGGCUCCAACCUUGUUCUUUGUAAUUAUCGAGUAUGAUAGAGGAUGUGUAUUGUACUAUAAUUGUAUUAAUUAAUUUUAUUCCUAAAUUGUAUGCCAUUCUUGCACUAGAUAUUUAUUAUGCUAAUUUAUGUAUUAGUGUUACUAUACAUUCCAAACGGAAUCACGUUA